GGCUUCUGUUUGCCCGGUAAUUGAAAAUGGGAGGUUGGUUAAGGAGUGCGUCAGGAUGUCACGAUUUACGGGUUUUGGGGAAGGCCUGGCGGACGGAGGCACCGAGUUGACGAUCGAUGCUCAACAGAGGACCGUGGACGUACUGCGAGAGUAUCGCUCCUUCCUGGACACGACCGUCCUCGCCCCCCCGAUGAUCAACGGUGUUCAGCAGCCCCGUUUGCGAAUGCGCAUGCACGCGGUUGCAACAGCCGCAGCCCGCAGCGUAAAGAACUGCGACUCCUUUCUCUCAGCCGCGCAGGGGGCCCUCAGGGGUUUCCGACCCAAUGUCAUCAGCGGCGAAGAAGAGGCACGCCUCUCCUUCCUGCGAGCCAUCUCUCGUCUGGAUCCCGGCACGGGUUCUUUCCUUGUCGUCGACAUCGGCGGUUGUUCCACUGAGCUUGCAUUUGGACCAGGUGCAGACCGUGAUCCUGCAGGUCAGGAUGCUGCAGGAUCAUGGGAAUCCAGGUACGACUGUCAGACUGGACAGUCAGUCGGGAAGAAGGUCCAGGACGGACGUCCACGUCCUACCGUCGCCGUCAGAUGGUCCGCAUCAUCUCAAUUGGAGGCGAUCGGACGGCCCCUCGAGCUUGUUGUUCCUCCUGCUGCUGCCACUGGUCCAUGUUAUGUCCGAGGGCAGCUUGUUGUUCCACGAUCAAAUCGCUGGUCCAAUUGCAAUGGCAGCUAUCCCAAGCCCUCCUCGGGCAUAACGGAGGAGCUGCGUGCAUGCCACCUGGCAGUUCCUGUGGGACCUACGGCGAUCGAUUCCGUGGAGGUUGGCGUAGUUCGAUUAACGGAGCGGUUCUUAAAGAGUGAUCCUCCGAUUGCAGAGGAGCUGCGUGCAUGCCACCUAGCAGCUCUCCAUGCCUUUCGACAGGCCAUCAGACGACAACCUGUUCUCGCACAUGCGCGCACCGUCGUUUGCGUUCCCGACGCCGCCCGCACUCUCGUCUCCAUGGCCAUGAAGAUGGCGGCCGGUCAUCACCGUCCAAGUGGUCAGCUGCCAAAGCUCACUCGCCGAUCUGUGCAUCGCAUUUUGGAUAUAGUGAAAGGGAUCCCAGCCGCUGAUCGCGUCGGACUCCCCGGCCUGCCCAAAGGUCGUGAAACCGUCAUUGUCGCCGGGUGUGUCAUCGUCCUCGCACUGAUGGAAGCCUUAGGCACCAACACGUGGCUCGCGUCUGACUCUGACAUCCUUGAUGGCAUCAUCUUCGACAUUCAAUCUCGCCGGCGAGUGUCUGAUGGAACGUUCAGUUACUGACUGUCGCCGUCUGUCGGUGGGCUGAACGCUCGCAAGCAAGGGGGGGAAAAAAAAAAAAAAAAAAAAAAAAAAAAAACUUUGCUGAGCCCUCAAGAUCGAAAGCACCAUAGA